UAAAUUGACAAUUUUAUUAAACACAAAAAUAAAAAUAAAAAAUUAUUAGACACUGAAAACUUGUAAUUUCACCCUGAAUUUUAAGAUAAAAAUUGACCCAGCUAAAAUAAAGGGUAAAAGGGGAAUUUUGCCUAUAAAUUGAUGGCCGCCGUAGCUGACCAGCCCCAACUCUCAGGAACAACCGGCCCUCUUUCUGAUCAAUGGAGUCAUCAAGAAUUUCCGUCCGGGCGUUCAAGCUUUCCGACGCCAACGACUUUCUCAGGUGGGCCGGCGACGACAGAGUAACCCGCUACCUCCGAUGGGACGCAAUUACCUCCAAAGAAGAAGCAAUAACUUACCUAGAGAAGGUCGCGAUUCCCCAUCCAUGGCGGCGGUCCAUAUGCUUGGACGGCCGCUCCGUCGGGUACGUUUCGGUCAGGCCGGAAACGGAGGAGAGAUGCAGAGCACAUAUCAGCUAUGCCGUGGCGGCGGAGCAUUGGGGACGAGGGAUUGCCACGGCGGCGCUGAGGGCGGCCGUUACGGAGGCGUUGAAAGAGUUCCCGGAGGUUGUUAGGGUUCAGGCGUUGGUGGAAGUCGAGAAUAAUGGAUCCCAGAGGGUUCUGGAAAAAGUGGGGUUUUGCAGAGAGGGGCUGUUGAGGAAAUAUGGAUUUUGUAAGGGCGAAAUUCGGGAUUUUUUCAUUUUCAGUUUUCUAAGAACCGAUCAAAUCCAGUGACCAAUUUAGGUAUACAAAACCUGUGUAUCAUUUAAUAGUUUUCUUAGUUGAUAUAUUUUGGUUUAAAUGUCUUUUAUAGAAUUCUAAACUUCGCCAAUAAG